AGAAAAAAAUAAAAAAUUCCUUUAACCUUACCCUUUUCUUAUGUAUCCAUCAUCUCCAUUUCCCUCUAAGCGUAUUCUUCCCCGGAGACAGGGUUGAAUGUCUUACCCUAACCCAACUAUAAACAUGUCUAAUCCGAACCUAGAUUCCCAUCACACUACCCAGAUACUUCAACCACAACAAAAUCCAAGUAACACCCCCGACCCUCAGGUUCCGCUUCGGAAUCUAUCCUUGGUUCAGACGAGCAUCGAUUCUCUCCGAACCCUCCUGUCCCAAUCCAUCACCACCAACGCUCCUGUCACCAACGAUCAAUUAACCGCCGUCUCCAACCAAAUCUUCACCGUCCUCCACCAUACCAUAGUCAACGCCGCCGCCCUCGUUCCUGGCGUCUCCGUCUUCCCCUCCGCCACCUUCGAUUCUUUCAACAACAACCCCCUCGCCGCCGUGGAAGAUUCCGAUUGCGAAAUUGUGGAGCUCGACGCCAUGGAAUUGCUAGCUGAACAUCUCCACUUUUGCGAGAUAUGCGGCAAAGGCUUCAAGCGCGACGCGAAUCUCCGGAUGCACAUGAGAGCUCACGGGAAUCAAUUCAAGACGCCGGAAGCUUUAGCGAAGCCUUUAAACAUGGUCCGUCGUCCAACGCAAUUCUCGUGUCCGUUUGAAGGAUGUAACAGAAACAAAAAGCAUAAGAAAUUCAAAGCAUUGAAAUCGGUGAUUUGUGUGAAGACCCAUUUCAAGAGGAGUCAUUGUCCGAAGAUGUAUUCGUGUAAUCUUUGUCGUAAGAAGAAUUAUUCAAUGCUUUCGGAUUUGAAGAGUCAUAUGAGGCAAUGUGGUGAGUCUAAGUGGAAGUGUUCUUGUGGGAGUACUUUUUCUAGGAAGGAUAAGUUGUUUGGACAUGUUGCUUUGUUUGAGGGUCAUAUGCCUGCUGUUGUGUUGGAAGAUGAGGUGAAAGGGAAGCAAGUUGUGGCUGAGGAGAAUGAAGAUCCUAUGGAAAUGGCAUUGAGUAAAGAUGAUGAAAUUGGUAUGGAUGAAGAGUUCUUUCAUGAUUUUGGGUCUAUUGAUAACUAUUGUUUGGAUGAAGUUUUGGGAUUUCGUCGUAGCUAGCCUGCCUAGUUUCAUGUUUAAUGAUUUCUUGUUGGUUUUAUUAGCAUUUUAACAUUAGAUUCAGACAUUGAACAUGCAUAUUUAUUCUGUGUUUUUGUAUAGUUUACUGUAUAAUGUUACAAAUAUGCUAUUGCUUUUUAAUUAAUUCUUAUUUGGUUGUUGUUGAGAA